GUUUUUUUUCUGCUAGUUUUGUUUGAAGGAGUGGUAAAGCAUAGUACAUGAAAGCUCCGUUGUCCCGGCACCACUGGAAGAGUACGCUUGGAAUGCUCGGUAUUUUUUAUGGGGCCUCACAUUAUUCUGGCUAAGAUGUAUGAAUCUGCUCCACUUGUUCAAUUCCCAGCUCGGCAUAAUGGAGGCCCUGUAGAUGAGCACUUUAUUGCUCCAGAGGAGGUUGUAAAUAAGAUUCCUGUCGUUGAUAUUCUUUACCAAGAUGAGAAUAAAACUGGUGUGAUGAAAUCGAGCCAAGAGAGCCAAAAGAAGAUCAAGCUAAAAAUAAAACCACCAAAGAAGCUAAAACCUAAAACUAAAAAAGUCAUAAAUCGCUUAAAUUCUGUUGCAGUGUCGAGCAAAAAAAAAUCUACAAAAAGGAAAAAAUCUGAUUUUUAAUGUUUAUUGAUAAAUAUAUUUUCAAAAAUUGUG